CCCAAUUCUAUAUCCCUUGGGGUUCACACCUCACCACUUUUUCCACCUUUUAGUCAGAUUAAUGAAAAAUAUGAAUGUAUUUGUCCUAACAUUGGAAUAUGGUGGGCCUCUCUUUCUCAACUUCUAAUGCGAUGGAGGUCCUGGUGACGGAGCUCAACGUUCUGCUGAAGCUGCUGGACCACGAGACUCUGAGCUCUCCAACUGAGGAGAAGAAGACCUCUGUUAGGAACCUUCUGAAACAUCUACAGCCCACAGCGACAGGACCAGACUACUUGUAUACGAACCAAUCAAUCUACAGGCACGGCACCAGCUUUGUGGAAUCCCUCUUCGAGACCCUUGACUGUGACAUGGGGGAGCUGAAAGACAUGACAAAGGGCCAGAAGCAGGACACUCACACUGACACACACAGACAUGACACAACAGCCUUAAAACAGAGCAGUCCAGACUCCUCUCCCCCCCACUCAGAGACCCCUCCUCCCCUGCCCACCACCCCCCCUCCUGAGGCUUACUAUGAAGAGGCAGUACCUCUCAGCCCUGGGAGGCAGCCAGAGUACAUCACCACACGCGGGAGCUCCAGCCCCCCUACCUCCAUAGAGGAUGGUUACUAUGAGGAGGCAGACAACAACUCUCCUUCGACCUGCAUCAAAGGACGACAACGCAAAAACUCCUACAAUGACUCUGAUGCUCUGAGUAGUUCCUAUGAGUCGUAUGAGGAGGAUGAAGAGGAAAGGGGAGCAGGACCAAGGUCCAGGCUGACCCACCAGUGGCCUAGUGAUGAGAGCUCCAUGCUCCCUGCCAGGGACUGUAGGAUCUGUGCCUUCCUUCUGCGAAAGAAACGCUUCGGACAGUGGGCUAAGCAACUGACUGUCAUACGGGACAACAGGCUACAGUGCUAUAAGAGCUCUAAGGACGUGUCCCCAUAUUUUGACCUGCCCUUGCUCCAGUGCACUGUGGUCUACACCCCUAAAGACGGACGCAGGAAGAGACAUGAGCUGAGGUUCACUCCACCCAGUGGAGAGGCUUUGGUCUUGGCUGUGCAGAGCAGGGAGCAGGCACACAGGUGGCUCAGGGUGGUCCAUAAAGUUAGUCAGGGAAAAGGACCAGAAGAGCCCACCUCUCCCAUGAUGCCCAGAAAGACUGACCGGGACAAGCGGCUGUCUGGUGAGAAGACUAUGGCAGACCCGGAGAGUGUGGGAGUGACUACAGGAGAGAAUAACAGGGACAACAGAGAGAAGGGUAAGGUGAAGCGGGGGGCUCUAGCAGCAGGUCGUAAGAUAACACGUAUCAUCAGUUUCUCCAAGAGGAAGCACCUCCUACCUGGCGACGCACGCCCCCCCUCCUUAGACACAGACCCUCGACGAGGCUACCUGUCUGUGUUGGUGAGUCAGGUAUGGCAGGACCAGUGGUGUUGUGUGCGUGAGGGUUCUCUCUACUUCCACCCUGACAGAGGAGACCCUCGGCCCUCCCUGGCCCCUCUACCCCUCCAUGGGUGUGAGGUGUUCCCAGGACUGGGCACCAAACACCCCUUCACCCUCAGGAUACUGAAGGGAGGCACAGAGGUGGCUGCAUUGGAGGCGUGUAGUUCUGAGGAUUUGGGGCGAUGGCUGGGUGUUCUGCUGGUAGAGAGCGGUACAGCCACAGAUCCAGAGUCACUACACUACGACUAUGUUGAUGUGGAAACCAUCGCUAACAUCAGAGAUGCCGCGCGACACUCUUUCCUGUGGGCCACAUCUUCUAGUAGCACUUCCACUAACUCCAGGAUGUAUGACGAGGUUCCCUAUGAGGAAGAGCAGCCUGAGGAAGAUGCCGGACCGAAGCAGAGGUCCAGUUCCUCCACUAAAUACUCUGCUGUGACCAAACCUGGUCUGUCCCUGAAUCCCACAGGCUUCAAUGCCAAUCAAUAUGGUCUCUAUGGGAAAACACGAGCGGAGGAGGACGCUAAACACUACUUGAAAGAGAAAGAAGAGCUGGAGAGAGAGAGGGAUGGAAUACGGAACACUCUGCUGACACUGAGACAAGCGAGGAGAGAGGUGAAGGAGAGGUUGAAGACUGCUUCAGAGGAGCAGAGGAGCUCCCUGAGUGAGCGUGUGUCCCAGCUAGAGGAGGCUUGCCGGGGGAAGGAGAGUGAGAGGGUGGACCUGGAGCUGCGUCUCACCCAGGUUAAAGACAACGUGCAGAAGAGUCUAGCAGGAGGGGCUCUGGGGGCACCUGGGGAGAGCAAACCCUCCAGCAAGGUCUACAGCAGAUCCUGCUCCUCUGGAUCUAUACCAGUCAGCUGUAAGAAACAUGUCUACUCUUCCUCUAAAGGAACAGUCAUGCAGAAAGCCAAGGAAUGGGAGUCGAAGAAAUGCUCUUAGGGCAUAAGGAUGUUAAAGCAAGAUUGGAGAUGAUUGGAGGCAUAUCAGAGAGAGGAUUUGUUGUUCCGAUUAUUGUAGAGAUGGACGAAAUGGACACGUAUUCAGGAUAUUGAGCCAGUGUACAGAAAGGAUAUUCAUUUACCUUGAUAAACCACAGAGAAGAGACAUUGAGAGAUUUAAGAAUGUUCCAUAGAACAGGAAUGGAAGACAAUGGACAUGGAAGGAAAACUCUGUGAUUUACUGUACCAGCUUUAAAGGGAUACUUCCAGAUGUUGGCAGUUUAGCCCAUUCCUAGCUCCAUGCUACUGUAACUUCUCCUGUAGACUUCCAGUCAUUUCACUAAAGUUAGUUAACAAGGCCUCCAGAACCUACCUUCAACGUCCUUAAAACUACACACAGAGACAUAAAAAUGGUAUCCAUGAGUUCCUCUGACUCUGGGUCCUUUGAUAAAAGGGCUUUUACUGCAGGGGGCUGAAUCAGAUAUUACAUUGACUGUCCUUCCAGCACAGCUGUCCACACCCACAAAUGUGUCAUGUAUUAGAGUGGAUAAAGUGAAAGCAUAUACAUUAAAUAACAUAUUGGGGCUAAUUCGAGGCGGGUUCAGACGAGACGGGCUAAGACGAGGCGGGUCCUGACAAAAGUUGAUCAUCUCCGUUGAACAUGUUUCCUCUUUUUCACUGUUUUUUAAAUGAGCAAAAUAGUGAACAAACUUGAUCUGACUUGACAUCUUCAUGCAUGUAAUCUGUGAGUUCAACCGAAGACUAAGGCACUAGAGUUCAUUACCUUCUGUUUUAUCAGUAGAAGGACCUUAACCUUUCAGGAUUAGUUUUCCUAAGUUUUCCUCUACUCAGGUUUACAAAUCAGCAGACGAGGCGGGUUCAGACGAGUUGGGUUCAGACGAGUUGGGUUCAG